AUGAAUGAUCUACGACAUGUGAUAAGGGGAUUCGAUUUGAAUGCUGAGCCUUCUGUUGAUGAUGAGCUCGAGCAGGAAGUAGAAGAACUGUUCGAGAGAGAACGUCGAAGCAUGCAUGAAGAACGACGUCAACAAAUAGAAGCUGCCUUGCCUGGUCGUAAUCGGGCGAGGUUGAGUAGGGCUCGGCCUGAUCCAAGGCCAAGGAACAACCAAAUCGCAACUCCGGUCGAACAGAUCGUCUUCGUCGUCGAUGAUGAUGAGGAGGAGGAGGAUGACGAGAGAGAACAACGAGUUAGGGAGAGCAGCGAGAAGGAGGAGACCUUCUUUGAAUGCAAUAUAUGCAUCGACAUGGCUAGGAAUCCAGUGCUCACCUGCUGCGGCCAUUUAUUCUGUUGGUCAUGUCUUUAUCAGUGGCUGCACGUUCACUCGGAUUCCAUGGAGUGUCCGGUCUGCAAGGGAGAGGUCGAAGAUACAGACAUCACACCCAUUUAUGGGCGUAGGAGCGAUUCCACCGAUCAGGUGACGGAAGCAGAGUCUGGGCUGAGGAUUCCUCCUAGGCCCCGUGCACAUCGAACGGAGAGCGCAAGGGAGACCCUUCUGAGCGCAACGUCUGCACUUGGGUUUGAGGAGGUAUUUAGUCGAAUUGGCGUUAGAUUUGAUAUGAUCUGCCGGUGGCCUCCAACGCAAAAUCUUGCCGGCAGCUUUUGGGUGAACGGCCCGAGUGGUUCAGUGCCCAUUCAAAUUAUGAUCGGCCGGGAACAGCGUAGAGAGGAGCUGGCGGGAGGGUCUCCAUUUCCGGCAGCUCCGGCACAGAAUGCCGUUGGACCACAACGGGGAGCGAUGGACUUCACGCAGGGUGCCUCUUCCAGCUACAAUUCCGCCAUUUCUGAAGCUCGGCUUAUUCAAAUGCAGCUUUUGAGACAUCAAGCACAGUCGAGUGCUUCUUCACUUAGAUACAUCUCAUCUGCAACUGAUCAUGCAGAUGAGAGAAGAGGGCUGCCGGCAUAUUUUCAAGGUCAUCAUCCUAUGGGAGGAAACCAUAUUCAUCAUCAUCAACCCCUUCAGUACCACAAUCAUCCUCCUGCAGGUUUUCCUGAUUUUGCUCAGUUUAAUGCACCAAACCUUGAUCAACCCUCACCAGAUGAUGACGACAGAAAUUCUUUGUUCACCAGCAUUGAAGUGGCUGAGAUACAGUCAGGAAGCCAGCUGAUAGUGGAUGGUUUUAUGGGAAGAGAAACGAUGGGUCCUAUUGCUGCUGCUACAUCCUCCAGAAGACGAGCUACUGACCCAAGGGCUUCAGAUAUGAACAGCAGAAUGACCCGUGCAACUAGAAGAAGGUUCAGUUGA